AUGCGCCUCAACAGCACGGCACCCGCUCCCCCCAGCCAGUCAGAACCAGGUUCUUUCAGUUUGGAGCCGUCGGAGGGUGGAGUGAGGGACCGGGCACUGCUGGCCCCGGGUUACAGCAACAACAGUGCCAACUCUUCAGAGCGGCUCCUCACCCCAGACACUGACCUGGACGUGAACACAGACAUCUACUCUAAGGUGUUGGUCACUGCCGUUUACCUGACGCUCUUCGUGGUGGGCACUGUGGGGAACUCGGUCACUGCCUUCACACUGGUCCGCAAGAAGUCGCUGCAAAAUCUGCAGAGUACCGUCCACUACCACCUGGCCAGUCUGGCUCUCUCCGACCUCCUCAUCCUCCUUCUGUCCAUGCCCAUCGAGCUCUACAACUUCAUUUGGGUCCACCACCCUUGGGCCUUCGGCGACGCCGUGUGUCGGGGUUACUACUUCCUUCGAGAUGCUUGCACUUACGCCACCGCUCUCAACAUCGCCAGCCUCAGCUUGGAGCGUUAUAUGGCUAUCUGCCACCCGUUCAAGGCCAAGAGCAUCAUGUCCAGAAGCCGAACCAAGAAGUUCAUCAGCUGCAUCUGGCUCCUCUCCUUCCUGCUCGCCAUCCCCAUGCUCUUCACCAUGGGCCAAUUCAAUGCCAGCCCAGAUGGCGACCCCAACGGCCUCAUCUGUACUACCAUUGUAGAUACUUCCACUGUCAAGAUCGUCAUCCAGGUCAAUGCGUUCAUCUCCUUCCUAUUCCCAAUGGUGGUCAUUUCGGUCCUGAAUACCAUCAUUGCUGACCAGCUUACCAUCAUGUUCCACCAGGCAGCCCAGCAGAACCAGGUCUGCACAAUUGGAGGGCAACAGACCAUGCUCAGUAUGUCCAUAGAACCCAGCCGUGUCCAAGCUCUAAAGCAUGGAGUUCGAGUCUUGCGUGCAGUGGUCAUCGCCUUCGUAGUCUGCUGGCUUCCCUACCACGUUCGUCGCCUGAUGUUCUGCUAUAUCCCAUCUGAUCACUGGUCCCCGUUCCUCUAUGAUUUCUACCACUACUUCUACAUGCUCACCAACGUCCUCUUCUAUGUCAGCUCCACCAUCAACCCCAUUCUCUACAACUUGGUGUCAGCCAACUUCCGGCAGAUCUUCAUUUCCACCCUGGCUUUCCUCUGCCCUCCCUGGAGAAGAAGGAAAAAAAGACCGAGGUUCUCCAGGAAGUCUAACAGUAUCUCCAGCAACCACACCUUUUCCAGCAAUGUCACCCGGGAAACACUCUACUAG